AUGGUUCGAGCUCCAUGCUGCGAGAAGAUGGGCCUGAAGAAGGGUCCAUGGGCCCCUGAAGAAGACCAGAUCCUCACCGAUUACAUUCACCUCUACGGCCACGGCAACUGGCGCGCCCUCCCCAAGCUCGCCGGGCUGCUGAGGUGCGGGAAGAGCUGCCGGCUCCGGUGGACCAAUUACUUGAGGCCGGACAUCAAACGUGGCAACUUCUCCCCUCAGGAGGAAGACACCAUCAUUCAAUUGCACAACUUGUUAGGCAACAGGUGGUCGACGAUCGCGGCAAAAUUACCGGGGCGGACGGACAAUGAGAUCAAAAAUGUGUGGCACACCCACUUGAAGAAGCGCGCCAUGAACCAAACUGACGACCAGACUACUACUACUUCUACCAAGCGACGAUCCGCUUCCCUAAAAUCAAAGACCGCAAGGAGCAAUACCGAUCAAGAACCGAAACCGCCGGCGGAAACAUUGUCAUCUCCGCCUGUUGCUUUACUCAGGCAGUGCUCCAGCGACGACGUGUCUACCCUGACGACGGCCACGACGGGGGACGACAACGGUGGGACCAACAGCGGCGCGAAGGCUGAUGAGGAUUUGUCGUCGUCCACGGAGGAGAUGGACGAGAGUUUCUGGUCGGAGGUCCUGUCGGCCGAUAACUCCACCGCGCCCGGCCCGGAUGCGGAGCUUGGACCCGGGCUAUACGAUCCGUUUGUAGGUAGUGAGGGUGAUGGGCCGGCGGCGGCGGCAGCCCUGGCCCACUCGAAUGUGGACUACAGCAGCAUGGACUUUUGGUACAACCUUUUGACUGCUGACAAUAAGGAGCUAUCCGAGCUCCCGCCCAUUUGA